UUUCCCGCCACUUCGUCUCUUAAAUUGAUAUUUACAGAAAGCAACGCGCCCGAAUCCCUAAUUGCAGAACUUCGUUCCUCCACUACUUCAUGCUCUGAAGUUUUUCCAUAGGGAGGUGAAAUUUGAAUAUGUAUGGAAGAAAAGCAUGCCAAUUGGUGAAAGAGUUAGCAAGCGGCGAGAAAGGACAGCUAACACACUUCAAUAGCGACCUAUUUGAACAGGUUAUUUCAGAAUGCCAGCAGCAUCAUCUUGAGCUUCAGUCCUUGAUUAGGAAAGUACAGGAAGAAGGAUUAGAUCUUCAGACAACUAAGAAUGAAGACCAUUUUGGCGCGCUCAUUCAUCACCUUGCAUUAGUUCGCAACAAACGUUGCCUUAUGGCUUAUGUGCAUAAUCGAGCUGAGAUUAUAAGAAGUUUGAUGUGGAAGGUAGUAGGUUCUAUGAUUCCACCGGAAAUACAAGAGAAGCUCAGCAACUCAGAGGAAGAGUAUUUCAAGAAGCAUUCUGCCCGUCUUAAAGAAUAUAUGUCAAAACUGGAGUUGGAUUUGACUGUGGAUAUGGUGCCACCUAAGGAUCCUUAUAUCCAAGUGAGAGUGCUCGACGAUAUCGGUGAAGGAAUCGUUUUGAGUGAUGAUAAAACAGCAAACUUUGCACUUCAUUCCAUACAUUUUCUUAAAAGAACUGAUGCUGAACAAUACAUCUCACGGGGAUUGAUGGAGGAGCUUACAGGCUGACUGAUCCACUGGAGUUAGAGUUUAGUUGGAGAUGUUUGUUGUAAAUUAAGAAGCAAAUGAGAUAAGAGGCGAAACAAAGGGUGAUCCAUCCCAUUUCUGUAAUUAUACAUAGAGAUAAUUGAUUGUCAAUCAAACUUAUUUUAGUGGGUUCUUUUUUUCAUUUAAUUUUAUUUGAUAAUAUAAACUUUAUGAACUAUGGUCCUGUGGUUUGUUUGUAAACCAUAUUCAUAAUCAGUCAAAUAAGAGACUUUUUUAGAAACUCUGA